UGCGUUCUGGAUUAUUUAUGUUUGAAAGUCGGGCGCUGAUUGGCUGUUGCCGAAGGAAAGUCAGUUUAAACUGAGGGGCGGGAGAAAGUUCAGUUUGUACUCCGAACCGGCAGCAGCUGCUACUGGACUGAAAGCGAGCUGACACCGAACCGAUACCCGCACGAACGGAACCGAGAGAACCCAUGGCUUCCCAGAACAUGGACCCCGCAGCGGCUGCAGCGUCCUCCGCGGCCGCCCUGAAGGGAAGCGAAAGCGGCAGCAGCGCGGCCAGAGGCUCGGUGACCAAGCGGCUGCAGCAGGAGCUGAUGACCCUCAUGAUGUCGGGUGAUAAGGGCAUCUCGGCGUUUCCAGAAUCUGAUAAUCUCUUCAAAUGGAUCGGAACUAUCGAUGGAGCUCAGGGGACGGUAUACGAGGGGCUGCGGUACCGGCUGUCCCUGGACUUCCCGGCCGGCUACCCGUACCAGGCUCCCCGGGUCCGGUUCGUGACGCCGUGUUUCCACCCCAACGUGGACGAUCAGGGCACCAUCUGCCUGGACAUCCUGAAGGACAAGUGGUCGGCUCUGUACGACGUCCGCUCCAUCCUGCUGUCCGUCCAGAGCCUGCUGGGAGAACCCAACAAUGACAGUCCUCUUAACACGGCCGCCGCAGAACUGUGGGAGAACCAGGACGCUUUCCGGUCUCACCUCCACACCACGUUCCAGCAGUGAAGCAGCUUCUCUGUGUCUGAUUGUAUCAUAUUUUUAUGUUUGUUUGCGUCUUUGUGUUAAUAAAGAAUAAGGUUCUUAAUCCAA